AUGGUCGGAAGACCAUUCACUUGGUCAAAUAGACGGAGGGGUGAUGAGUUGAUACAGGAAAGACUGGACCGAUUCCUGGUAGGAGUUGAUUGGCAGCAACUCUAUCCCAAUGCAACGGUUCUUAGACUGUCAGAAUCAGGCUCGGAUCAUGCCCCUCUUAUCCUAGACUCUAAUCCGAGAACUGAGAGAUCUAAACGCCGAUUCAAAUUCCAAGAAAGAUGGUGUUCCAAUGAUGAAAUACGCCAGAUUGUUAGAGAGAUUUGGCAUGAACAGAUUGAUGGUUCAGCCAUGUAUAUCCUAGCUCAAAAAAUAAAGCGUUGUCGACAUAAGAUUGUCAAAUGGCAGCAAGAACACAGAUCUAAUUCGAAGGUGGAGAUUGAUUUACUACAGUCGGAAUUAGAGGAACUUCGUUUAGCAGGAAUUCAUGGAGGCGACAUCAUUUCAGAAAUAGAGGACAAACUUGAAAAAGCAUUGCAAAAUGAGGAAUCUUAUUGGAAAGAUAAGUCUAGAGUCAAAUGGCUCAAAUCUGGUGAUCAGAAUACAACUUUCUUCCAUCAGAAAUUUAGAAAUCGAACCAGAAGGAAUAGAAUUUGGCAACUAACUGGCAAUGAUGGUGAAGUGGCUACUUCAAAUGCUGCUCACAUGAACCGUAGGCUUCAAAGACCAGUGACUAUGGAGGAAGUGAAACGCGCAACAUUUAGCAUUCAUCCUCAAAGUGCUCCAGGAGAUGAUGGACAACCUUAUGGUUUCUUCAAACCAAAUAGAGGUAUUCGACAAGGAGAUCCUCUAUCUCCCUAUCUUUUUCUUUUCUGUGCAGAAGGUCUCUCCUUCUUGCUAUACAAGGCUAAUCCUGAAGCAUGUUCAAAUAUCCUGCAUUUAUUGAAUUCUUAUGAAAGCAUCAGUGGCCAGAGGGUAAAUCUUAAUAAAUCUGCUGUAUUCUUUAGCCACAACACUCCGUCCACUACUCGUACACUACUGGCUAACUCUAUGAAUAUUAGUCAUAUUGGGGCUCAGGAUAAAUACCUUGGUUUGCCUUCUACAGUCUCUAAAUCGAAAAAGGCUUCUUUUAGUAUGAUCAAAGAAAAGGUUCGGAAAAGAAUCCAAGGGUGGAAGCGCAAUCUUCUUUCGUCAGGUGGUAGACACAUAUUGCUUAAGGCAGUGGGAGAAGCUAUUCCUAUUUAUACAUUGUCUUGCUUCAAGUUGCCUGAUGCUUUAAUUUCGGAAAUUCACUUUCUACUUUCUCAGUUCUGGUGGGGACAAAAAGGUUCUGAAAGGAGGAUGGCUUGGAUUAGCUGGGACACUAUGACUCGCCCAUGA